UACAGUCCCCCUCAGGCAUCCCGCUGCUCUACCCGCAGCCGUGUAUUUGCACCGUGUGCGCUGUGCGUGUAGCCUUUGCCAGUCAGUUCUUUGUGUAUCUUGUCUCUUAGUUUAUUGGCGCUCUCCGGGUUGUCAGUCCGGCCCCGCCCAUCUGUCAGUUCGACUCCGCCCUAGGCCAGAGAGCUGCCAAUCACCGUAUCGCUGCCCUGAGAGCGUUUCCCAUCAUCCUGCUUGUUUCCAGGCUCCUCAUUGGCUGAGACUGGAGCUGAAGGAGCAGCAGACAUGCCGACCCCGCCCACUGCAAGUGCCAGACCUGCUGAGAAUGGAGGCCAGAGGAAGAGGAGGGGCCCCGGAGCCUUGGCAACCGCUUACCUGGUCAUUUACAACGUUGUCAUGACAGCGGGGUGGCUGGUUAUAGCGGUCGGCUUGGUGCGCACCUACCUCACCAAGGGCAGUUACCACAAUCUCUACUACUCCAUAGAGCGGCCCCUCAAGUUCUUCCAGACCGGCGCUUUGCUAGAGAUUGGCCACUGUGCGGUGGGGAUCGUGCCUUCGUCCGUGGUGCUUACGGCUUUCCAGGUGAUGUCUCGGGUUUUCCUGACAUGGGCAGUGACCCACAGUGUGAGAGAGGUGCAGAAUGAGGACUCGGUGCUGCUGUUUGUUGUGGCCUGGACUAUCACAGAGAUUAUCCGCUAUUCCUUCUACACCUUCAGCCUCCUCAACCACCUGCCUUAUAUCAUCAAGUGGGCCAGGUACACGCUGUUUAUUGUUCUUUACCCCAUGGGGGUAACUGGGGAGCUGCUGACAAUCUACGCGGCGCUGCCGACAGUGAAGAAGACGGGACUUUACUCCAUCAGCCUCCCCAAUAAAUACAACUUCUCCUUCGAUUACUACACCUUCCUCAUCCUCGUCAUGAUGUCCUACAUCCCCAUCUUUCCCCAGCUCUAUUUCCACAUGUUCCACCAGCGGAGGAAAGUCAUUACAGCCGAGCACAAGAAAUCCGAUUAAUCUGCGCCCCAGAACCCCCCCAGUUUCUUCUUGGUUCCCUUUCUGUUAUCUCUCUUUCCCUCCGACCUUCAGAGACCCAAGUGCUGCUGCCGGUGUCGCCUGAGAGCAAGUGGAUCAGGUAACACUGGUGCCGGAAUGGACUAACCCCGUGCUCUCACAGCAUGUACCAUGGACAGGCCCCGCCCCCUGUCAGAGCUUUUGGCUCCUCCCACCUUUUGUACCCGCCAGUGCCUGGCACCGAGUGGCUGAACUCUGAUUCCUCGGCACGGGGCCCUCCCUCUAUCAGGGACGUGAGACCGGGCCCCAAGGCUGCAGCUGGUGCUUCAUGGGCAUUAUUAACCCUUUGUGGGAGGUGGGCCGUGCAGUGAGUGCUGCUAUCCCUUUAACUCUUUAAUGGUCUGUGUAUGAAUAGUGACUAAACUCAGUCUCUGCAGCCGGUUCUGUGAGUCCAACGACCCAGGGUUUAUAGGGUUACAGCUGGCACCCCUAUACAAGCACCCCAAAACUUGAUGAGUGUUUAGUAAAAGUGUUUUAUUGGUCCCCAGACUGGGCAGGGAAUGUGCCAAUGCCAGGGGGGCAGCGGGGAUAAUGUUACCGUUACAUGCAGAUGGCUUAGUGGGUCCCUGUAACCCCCCCCCCCACACACACACACAGGAGAGAAAGUGAUUGGCUGAUUACAGAGGAACAUGGCGCCUUCACUUGUCUCUAUAGAAACUGCACUGGAACUGCGCCCGAUCCCUCAGUAACAGGACCCUUAUUUACAGAUUAAUACUCCCACAUUAAUACCCGGGUCACACGGGCCGGCUGCUCCCUCUCUGGGCCAAUGCACUGAUCCGAUCAGCAGAGACAGGGGCUUGUUCUAUUGUUCUGUGCAUGGUUUGGUACCGGCAGUAACCGCAUGUGUCUAUCUGCCCCCCCAUGUAAGGAUAGGUCCCCCCAUCAGUAGGGUUUAUAUGCCCCCCCCCCCCCCCUUGUGCUUAUAGGCAGAGGCCUUCGAAUCAGUAAGGUUUCUAUGCCCCCCCUGUGUGUAUGGGCAGGGGUCUCCCCAUCAGUAACGUUUAUAUGCCCCCCGUUUGGCAGGGUCCCCAUCAGUUUAUAUGCCCCCCCGUGUGUGUGUAUGGGCAGGGGUCUCCCCAUCAGUAAGGUUUCUAUGCCCCCCCUGUGUGUAUGGGCAGGGGUCUCCCCAUCAGUAAGGUUUCUAUGCCCCCCCUGUGUGUAUGGGCAGGGGUCUCCCCAUCAGUAACGUUUAUAUGCCCCCCCCGUGUGUGUGUAUGGGCAGGGGUCUCCCCAUCAGUAAGGUUUCUAUGCCCCCCCUGUGUGUAUGGGCAGGGGUCUCCCCAUCAGUAAGGUUUAUAUGCCCCCCCAUGUAUAUGGGCAGGGGUCUCCCCAUCAGUAAGGUUUCUAUGCCCCCCCUGUGUGUAUGGGCAGGGGUCUCCCCAUCAGUAAGGUUUCUAUGCCCCCCCUGUGUGUAUGGGCAGGGGUCUCCCCAUCAGUAAGGUUUCUAUGCCCCCCCAUGUAUAUGGGCAGGGGUCUCCCCAUCAGUAAGGUUUCUAUGCCCCCCCCUGUGUGUACGGGCAGGGGUCUCCCCAUCAGUAAGGUUUCUAUGCCCCCCUGUGUGUAUGGGCAGGGGUCUCCCCAUCAGUAAGGUUUCUAUGCCCCCCCAUGUAUAUGGGCAGGGGUCUCCCCAUCAGUAAGGUUUCUAUGCCCCCCCAUGUAUAUGGGCAGGGGUCUCCCCAUCAGUAAGGUUUCUAUGCCCCCCCCCCCCAUGUAUAUGGGCAGGGGUCUCCCCAUCAGUAAGGUUUCUAUGCCCCCCCAUGUAUAUGGGCAGGGGUCUCCCCAUCAGUAAGGUUUCUAUGCCCCCCCCCCCAUGUAUAUGGGCAGGGGUCUCCCCAUCAGUAAGGUUUCUAUGCCCCCCCAUGUAUAUGGGCAGGGGUCUCCCCAUCAGUAAGGUUUAUAUGCCCCCCCCCAUGUAAGGUUUAUAUGUUUAUAAAUCAGUAAGUGGGGAUUUAAUUCCAUUUCCCUUAAUUAAAGGUGCAAGAGAUUUUUCUCUCAGUUAAAGGGAGUUAUUCCCCCCCCCCCCAGGCUUAGGAACCCCGGGUAUGUAUCUGCGUGUGUCAUUCCCUGUGGCCCCAAAGUGCAAAGUCUGGGGGAGUCAGGGAGGUUGCCCUGCGCUCUCCUCCUGCACAUUGAUUGGCCGGUACCUGGGGGAGGGGCACCUCUGUGUGUAAGAGCUGUGUGCAUUGUCACUAGGGCAGCUGUAUGUGUUGGUGCCCAAGGCAAGCAGUAUGGUAGCUCUCCCUUGGCCCCUCGCUUGCACUCUCACAGCUGCUGAAUGGGAAUGAGCCCCUCUGCACUGAAUAGGUCAGUUUCCCCUUUAAUUCAUGGGCAGAAAGAGCAGUCACUUGUCUGUACUGGGACUGCCCAUGGGUUUCUCAGGCUUACUGGUGUGACAUCAUCAGGGUGUGACAUCAUCUUAGUAUGACAUCAUUUUAUAGAAUGCGGGCCGGAAACAUACGGGUUUGGAUACUGUGUCCCACUCCAAGAAGUGCUGGGGGCUGACACGGAGCAGUGUGGCCCUCGGACAUCUCGGGGCCCCUCAUUACAAGAGAAAUCUAUGAAGGUGAAUGUGGCGUUUGCGCAUGUGACCUGAUUAACCUAACGAGUUGGGAUUUCAGUUACUAAUUGGGUUCUGUGCCUCUUUGUGUUUGAUGGGAACAAAUUGCUUGUGUUCUUGCACCCCCAGAAUGGCUUGUAAAGGGCAAAUAAAGGAUUUUAUGAGUAAA